AUGUCCCACUAUGUGUGGAAUAGAUUUUCCUUGUAUUUUCAAAUUGUUUCCUCUUUCAUGAAAAUUAAUUCGCGAAAUGAUGAAAAAAUUCAAGAAAUUAAAAAGAAAUUACUCAUACAGCAAGAAAUAUUGAAUGAGAUGAAAGAAAAGCAACAACACGAAACUUCACAAGAAGCUAUUGAAUUAUACAACAUUGAAAUUGAGAAGAUAGAGGAGCGACUAAACAGACAAAUGAGUAUUUUGCAACAAUAUGAAGACGAAGUGAGAAACAUGCAAGACACUACUCUUGAUUUGAGUUGUAAAUUUAUUUUUCAAUUUAUUAUGAUCAUCUCAGUGGUAGUAAUGCUCUUCUACUUGUAUUUCAGUUGCUUACUCAUCCAAAACUUUGUGUAUUCACAGCAACAACAGCAACAACAAAUAUCAUACCUUCCUCAAUGGAAACUCUCACAACCCAACAUACAGUCAUGCCAAAGUGUGCAAAGUGAUGAGAGUGGAGGUAGCUUGUUUCUAGGUGGAAAGUUUACAUCAAAUAUCCAAUUUAACAGCCCAUCAACAGCUCAGCUUUCCACCACGCUUCAAAGCGAGGCCUAUUUAUUGAGAGUCACUGCCAAUGGAACUGUGAAUUGGACGUACCAAAUACCCUCAACAGUGAUUAACUCACAAAUCAUACCGAAUCUUCAAUCGACAGAGGUUGUUUCAAUUCGAUCAUUGCAAGACACUGGCUCUCAAUAUGUGGCUGUAGGUGUGAUUAAUAACAAUGAAGGAUUGUUCAUUGUAAAGUUUUCGAGCAAUGCAGGUUCUUCCGUAGUUGUCGAUUGGACAAAAGUGAUUAGAGGGGACUACCUCAAUGUUCAAGACGUUACUUUUUCAUCAAGCAACAUUGUAGUCGUUGGAUCUUUUAAAGGAGUAGUUACUGUUUCGGAUUCUCUAAAAUUGGGUGGUUCUGCAAACGGCAAUGGUACGAACACUCCUCCAAUUACAUCACUACCCGAAAAUUUGUAUGUUCUUACCUUUGAUCCUUCGAGUGGAAAUCCUCAGAAUGCAAUGACAAACGUCAUUGAUAACACCAAUGAUGCAAAUGUGAAAAUCAUCCCAAAGAGUGUUUAUUUCGAUUCUUUUGCGAAUGAAUGCUAUGUGAUUGGAACCUUUGUUGCUGCAGUUAAUUAUAGGAUUACAUUCAACCGGUCACCAACUGGUGGUAAUGAUACGAAUACUGUUACUAUUCAAUCUACGGGCUCAGGAAAUGACAUGUUCGCUUUCAAGUAUUCCUUCACCAGUAAUGGCGUUUCAUGGAUUACAACUGUUGGUGGUAUUGAUGGCAAUGAAGAUGGAAUAUCAGUUUACCUUAAUAACAACCAAUUAUUGGUACUUGGAAAAAGUACAUCGAAACAAGCCAUCACUUUUGACACUCAAAACCGAUUCACAAAUACAGUUUCGAGUAGUGAGUGGUCAUACUUGAUUCUCUAUACAUCGAGCACGGGUGGUGUUUCACAAGUAAUCCCAAUAGGAAGAGAUGACUCUAAUGCAGUACUGAGAGCAAAUGAUUUGAUCGUUAAAAAUAAUGUACUAACGAUUGGUGCUUCUUUUAAAGGAAGCGUUACUUUACCUGGAGGUAGUACCAUAUCUGCCACUUCCAUGAAUUUGGUCUUUUUACAAUUUCCAGCCACAUCACUGAAUUCUGUUUCUCAAUAUGUGACGUAUGCUUCAAGUCAAGAUUCCACCAUGAAUGGAUUUUCUGUUGUGAGAAAUCAAGAGAUAGAUGUCUUCUAUGCAGGAGGUUCAUUGAACGGAGGAGAAAGUUUUAUGACGUACUUGAUACCAGUUUAUAAUUUUACUUUUGAGGUGGAUUCCCCAAAGAGUUUACUUGCGUUGGAUGCAUCUAGUGGUGACAUCACAACCACAAUCAACUUAAAGCUAUUGAACAAGCCUGCCACAAUUAACAGUGAUCCCAACAUGGUUUUUAUUUAUCCUGGCCGAACUCAAUAUCCUCUCACAACAUCUGACACUCUCUAUUCAGUGGCCAACGUAAAAAUUACCAAAGACAUGGCAAGCGCAGGGAAAGUUGGCGUGGAGGUUUGGAAUUUUGCAAAUCAAUAUUUGGCAAUUUUUGCAACGUAUACCAAUUUAUCCAUUCCUUUUAUUUCCAAACAAAGCUUUGACUUGGUAGAUCACGCGUCUGUUGUGAAUCAACAGAACCUCAUUUUAACACAAGUUGUGCUUAAUAACCCAAAUUUAGAUAUUCAGAACGUGUACAUCAACAUUAGCAAUGUCAUGUCACCUUUACAAAAAGAUGCCUCUGGUAAAGUGUUUGCUCCGUUAAGUACGAGUUCCACGACACCAAAAGGCAUUCAAAGCGUGAAUAUGGCCUUACAACAAGGCCCGAAUUCAUACGUGAACAUGUCCCUCAAUGCCAUCAAUGUCUACUUUUUUGAUCCAACCAAUAGUCCUCUCAUUCUUUCUCCCAUACAAACCACAACAGUCUUGGUCUAUAACAAUAGUGAAAAUAACGUUGGAAAAUUUUGGAAUUUCACACUUGAUUUUGGAAACGAAUUGAAUAAUCCUGUGAUUUUGCAAAGCUAUGUGAGCCCUAACAAGCUGUGCUGUCGUUACAAUGGAGCAGUGUAUCCGGUUUCAAUUACCAAACCUACCUCUAUUUUUACAUGCUCUGUUCCAAUAAGUAAUGCUGAGGUUGCCAAUUUGAGGUUGAAUUUAUGUUAUCAGUUCAAUGCAACCUAUGCAUUUGAUAUCUCUACUCAAGUGCAAAGUAAUAUUAUAACAUUCGAGAAGAAACAGCUGGUAUUUGCCAAUUCAGUACCUUCUAGCUUGAAUUUGGACGUAAUUGAUAAGCAAUACUCGUCACAACCCACCUUCCCAUUCACGAACUUGUUCCUUGACGAAUGGAGCAGAAUUAAUCGUAAUAACCUUCCUUUUGUUCAGUUAGAUUUAAAAAUUCAACAACAAUAUCCACAAACUAACUUGGUUUACAACCCAAUUUCGAGUAUUGCCACAGGAACCUUUCAACUGUCAUCGGUGAAUAUGCCUAACAUUCCUACUAACAAUGUAGUUGCGCCAUUUACAAAUGUGACUCUCUCGUUGACUUUCAAUAAGACUACUGAGCUCACAAAUAACAUUACCAUCUAUUACUUGAGAUAUAAUGAAUUUGCGGGAUUUCAAAACUUUUUAGCUGCCAACGGAAGUAUCUCUGUGGUCAUGAACAUGAAAUAUGAAAUUCCAACCUCAUUCCUACCUUUUAUUUUCUGUAUUUUUAACAAUAGAAACUUAGAUUUGGUUCCCGUCACCAAGAUCAACAACAAUAAUUUGACAGAAUUCACAUGUCACUACAACAAUCCUGAGCCCUUACAAAACUCAACCAUUCAACUGGUAUUGAGCUACAACAAAAUGCCAACAGGCGGCAAAGCGCUCACAGACAAUGUAUCCCUUCGUGGUAGUGUUGGUGGGCUACCUCGUGUUCAAUUUCUCAUUGACCAAACCGUCAGUGUGGCUGGAAUUAAUCAAGUGAUCAUGGCACGAAUUACAACACCAAGUCCUCAAUUAAUUACCCUACUUACGAACAAUAUUUGGGUUGAUUUGAAUGGUGUGAAAUACUUUGCAAGGCCUGACCAAUUGACAGAUGGUUUGUUUUACAUUCCAUUAAUUUCCAAUAGCGUUGGAUGGAAGGAUCUUACGAUCUACACCAAUGUCAACAGUGGAAAAUUUGAAUUAUUGGGAACACAACCCCUCAAAAUAUUUUUCUUCGAUCCACUAGCUCAAAUUCAAGCAAGUUAUAGUAAUGGUUCUACCGUAGUUUAUUCACCACAGCAGCCUACACUGCCAAGUUUCGAUGUUACUAUUCAAGGUUUUGAAAUUCCCUAUUCACAGAUAUUUCCACGGACUGUUUAUUGUAAUGUAUUCGGAGCGAAUUAUCCAGCAGUAUUUUCGAGCAAUACCUCACUCAAAUGUACUGGAAUUUCACUAUUGAAAGAAGGAGAUGUGGAUAUUUACUUGACAUAUGGAGUGAACACCACAUUCUCUGUAAACAUUUCCAAGAGAACAUCUUUAUCAAUAAUUUCUAAAAAGAGUAUUACUUUUGGAGGUAACGAAUUUGAGUAUUCUGCCCUAAAAGUGAACAAUCAGUCAGAUACUAACUCAGUGAUUGUGCAAUCUAUUCCGUGGAAUAUUUCUGUUUACAACUUUGCUGUUGCUAUGGAAGAAUCCUUAUUCAAGACCUUCCCAACGCUUGAGUCUGCAGAUAAUUUUAACAUCAAGAUCAGAGAUGGUGACACUGCACUGCAAUAUUUCAACUCACCCUUAAUCAUCAAAACAACAAAACUUUCUCGCCCUCUUAUAUAUGGUCAGGUGAAUUUACCCCUCAACAGAAAUUUAUUGAGGCUGAACGUGUCAUUGGUAUUGAAGAAUGCUCCUUAUGAUGAUUUGAGUGUAGCUCCUCUUUCCAUUGUUCUCUUCAGACAAUCCUUUUUGAGUUGCCAAUCACAGAGAGUGAUAUCAAGCGGUGCCUUACUGGUGAAUACUCAAAAACCAUUCUCUCAACCAAGUGGAAUUGUUUCAUCAACAGAACAAUUGUUAUUGGACAGAUUGUAUUGUCAAUUCUAUGAUGAAGGAAAUUUGAAUCUGCUAUUGGUUAGAGCAACAAGCAUGAAUGGCGCUACCAGUGCACUCACUUGCUCAGCACCAUCCAUUGACUGGAAUUCUACAUUAAGAAAGUUUGCUCGAAUCGUUUUGAACGCCAGUCCUGAUACUGUGACCUCGGUCGUUGCAAGCACACUGGUCAUUAAUAACUCAACUACAGAUGCACAGGUAUAUCCAAUGUAUUGUAAUACGAUUCCACAUUAUACUACAUCCACUGUGUGUUCAGGAAGAGGUGUUUGCAUUCAAACAAAUACCUGUAGUUGCCAAAAGAAUUAUUUGGGAGAUAAUUGUGAGAAAACUACCUGUUUUGGAGUGCUCUCCACAGAUCCAUUGAGCUGUAGUGGCCAGGGACAAUGUACACUCUUUAAUACCUGUGUGUGUAGAGAUGGCAGUUAUGGAACCAUGUGUGAAAAUCAAAUAUUAUUUGCCUCCAAAGAUAAGACUAUCUUGACCAGCAAUAGGAAUUUGGCCAAUACUCUUUCCCAUGCUCAAUUUUAUUCCUAUGUUGUCAAUUCAGGUUCAGAGGUGACCAAGUUGCCAUGCAACGAUAUCUUCCCCACAACUUCAUUGCCUCUGAUCGGUGAAUCCAGUUGUUUCAUAAACCAACAAAAAGACUUCAUACUCUACACACCUAACACUUGGAUCAAGAAUGAUACCGUAAUUCCAGCAUUUAACAAUGUGAGAUACUAUGUGUUGGAUCCAGAUGGUGUGCCCAAACUCGAUUCUGAAACCAAUAUUGUAACCUCUACUGCUGUUCUCACCCCCACAAGCGCUUCAUUCCCUGUAGUGUUGCAAGCUACCUCAAAGAAUUUAUCUCCACUCUCUACUUUGGAAUAUAGAUGGUCUGCUGAUCAAAAUACUGAGCUCUCUAAUUUCCUUUCUGCGUACACAAACCAAAUGAUUGUGAAGAUUCCAGUAACCAAAUUGAACAGAAGAUUGAGAAGUUUAAGACAACAACUUUCAGCAAUUCCAUUCACAUUGAAUGUGAUAGACCUCACAUUUAACACUUCAACAACAGUGAAAAUGCCUUAUCAACCACAAUUAAGCACUUCCUCAAGCCCUACUUCUGUCUUGGUAUAUGGAAAGAAUCAAAUUACUUGCUCUCUGAUGGACACAUGUUUUGUUGAAUUGAACGAGGCACCCCUAAAAAGUUCAAUUAUUGACUACUCUGUUGAAGGAGCUAACAACAAUUUGAAGUUCAACACUUCUUUUCAACACUCGUUCAAAGCAUCUAGAAUAUUUAGUAGAUCUCGAAAUGAUAUUCAAAAUAAUGAUGCUCACUGUAUCAUCGCCUCCUCUCAACGAAGUUCAAGCAACACCAAGACUGCCAUUUGUGUUCGAUUCUUCUCACCACGACCAACAGAGUACUAUGUGGAAUCCAAACGAGAUGGACUUUCCAACAAGUACGCUUUAAGAUUGGUAAGAUUUAAUCCUAUCACACAAACAGUGGAAUAUCCAACUUUGGAUUCUACAAGUAGUAUAUUAUGGAAAUGUUUCUACAGUACAGAUAAUGUGAAUCGUCAAAGUUGUGACUCUCUCUUGCAGAGAAAUACUGUCGACAAUGUUGUGUAUGGGUUGUCAGGAUCCUCAGAGCUCACCAAUGCUGUAAUUCAGUUGAGUGCCUCAAUCAAUGGAACGAAUGCAAAUGGUGUAAAAUUCUCGAACACUAAUUCGAUACAUGUUGAAUUAUUGAGUGUUGUUCCUCAUAUUGUAGGAUUUGGAUACGGCAAAGGUUUGCCAUUAACUGCUGCAGUGACAAGUUUCAAACCCAUUUCAAGUAUUAGUUUUAGCAUUUGGAAAAAUGGCACGUCUAAAGUUGUGAACAACAAGCUUUUUACAACUAACUACCAAUCACCAGACAUGAAGUUUAUUUCAUCUGUGCUUGACAUUUCACAACUCAACACUGGAGCGAGAUAUACCAUUAGAUUUGAAGCCAAGACUUCUGACCAGCAAGUUGCGUUUGUUGAAAGACAAUUUUCAAUGCAAUUGGAGCCUCCAACUCCACGAUGUGGCAUUUCUCCAAAAGAAGGUAUUGCAUUUGAAACUGAGUUCACAAUUUCUUGCUUCUCUGACUCUUCCUAUGAAGAUGGUAACAUAGCUCAAUAUGGAUUUUACCUUUCCAAUGAUACCUCUGAGAUUGCACUCUCCGUCUCAACCAAGAAAUCGUUUUUCACAAGACUUCCUUACAUGGAAAAUCCAAAGUUGAAAAUUGUCAUUCGGGAUGUAUGGAAUGGUUUUACAACAAUGACGCUGCCUGUCAAAUUAACAAAUCCACUCGAAAAGAGUACACCUGAUGCGUUGAUCAGCAGCCUUCUCAAUGAAGACGCCUCGCAACAAUCCAUUGGUUUGGAUAUUGAAAACUCAUAUUAUGCUGCGGCAAGCUCACUUCCAGACAUCUCUAAAUAUUCUCAGGUAUUCCUUCCAAAAUUGAGCGCCUUUGUACAACAUGCAAAAGAAAGUGAAAUUUAUUCUAUGGACAAAGUGUUAAAGAUGGUUGACUCAAUAAUUUCAUCUUCUAAGAAUGUUCUAUCAGAUUCCAGCAAUGUUGAUUACUUGUUGAACAUUUUAGAUAAUGCUCUGAGCGUACGUGUGCUUCGAAAUUCACACAGUACAAGUUCCGACUAUGUUAAGGAUUCUGAAAUUUCCACUAUUUCAAAACUACUGGAUUUACUGUUGCCUUUAGUAAGCCCAAAAAUUCAAUACCAAUUCCUGAUCAAGUAUAAACAAGGCCUAUUUAAGGAAAGCCUGAGUGAUGAACUUUGGAGAAAUCCAUUGUUAGUUUCCACUCGUACUUUAUUGCCCUCAAUGACAAGUACCACCUCUCGCUUUAACAAUUACUUGGUAUUGAAGAAUAACUUGUAUGGAGACGAAGCCUUCAAGAAUUCUAGCUAUUUAUCAAUUCCAUCCGAAGGUAUUAAUAUUAACUUGGCUUCUCUUUUUGACACCAACACAAAUACCUCGUCAUUCAGUUUAUAUGAAGUUGAAUUGAUAUUACAAAAACAAACGACCAAGACUAGAUCAUUACUGUUGGCUUCUCUAACCACUGCUCAAAUUCUUCACUUCAAUGUUAGAAAGAAUGGUCAGGGACCUGUUUCGAUACUGAAUAGCAAUGCACCAUUAGUGAAUAUCACGUUUGACAUUGCACUUUCUACCUUGCCAACCAAUUAUAGACCUCAAUGCAAAUUAUUUUCGUCCUACGAUCAAGUACAAUCCAACCAAGAUCAAAAUUUAACAACUUUACAUGUAGCUGGCACUAAUCAAGUGACAUGCUCCAUUAAGAUAUCCGAUUUAGGCUCAGGAAGUAUCUAUGUCACCAGUAUUCCGCUAAAUAUUCCACAACCACCUCCACCCAGUUUGAGCGGUGACAACACCUUAUUGAUCGUUAUUUUGUGUACCGUAUUGGCAGGCUCUUGUGUGAUUGGAGUCUGUAUGCUGAUCAUGUGCAUAUUUGGUGUGAGAAUUGUCUUGAAACGAAGAAGAGAAAAUGCCACUGGCAGAGGAGCAAGUGCUGUUUCAUCACCCACUGGAUAUGCGUACAAACCAGCAAUGCAAACCUCCCCAACCACAGUCUCAGAUCAAACCACUACUUCCUCUUCAGAUGAUAAGAUUGAGGUUGAUACUAGCUCAACAGAGAAUCACAACGAUCGAACUGUGGUUCAUUAUGGAACCUCUGCUCAAGAAAAACCACACCAUUUACACUCCCUCCUUAAUGGACAGUAUCAAUUAUUGGAAUACAUCUCAGGAGACGAGUUUGAAAAUAUAUACAAGGCAAACGAUUUGGUGAAUAAUCAAAUUGUUGCUAUUAAGAGAGUGAACUUUAUUACAUUCGAUGAAUCAAAUUCCGCAAGAGAAUAUUCCAACUUAUCAAAAGUGAAUCACCCUCAUGUGACGCGUUUGUAUGAAACAUUUAUUGAUACGGAUGACAAGGCAAUUUGUAUGGUAUUAGAUUAUUGUCCUUUUGGAGAUUUAAAACGAUUAUUGGAAUCUAGAAGAGAAAAUGGAUCUCGUUUCGAACAAUGGGAAGUUGUGGAAAUUCUAAAACAAAUUUCACAAGCGCUGGCUUGCAUUCAUGAUCAACAUAAUUUAUGCCACACAGCUGUCAAGUUAUCAAAUAUUUUUAUUAAGGAAAUUUCACAUGAGAAAAUGAUUGUAUGUUUAGGAGAAUUUGGAAAUUCAAGAUCGCGUCACUCUUUGAACCUUACUCUUGCCAAAUCUCCAGAGGACCCAGAAAGCUUCAAACCUUCAUCUUCCUUAAAUGACCGAUUUGGAAAUUUCGCAACAGCAUUCAGACAAUCUACAAGUUCCUACUCGGAUACAUUCACAUCAACUGACAUUUUCGAUUUUGGUGUUUGCCUUUAUCAAUUACUCACGAUGGACACUUCCUUGAAUAUUGUAAAACUACAUGAGGAAGCAGAAUAUGAAAGCGAAUUCUUCAAAACAUUGAAAUCGAUCAUUGAAAAGCAAGGCUUUGAAUAUGAUCAUGAAUUGAUUGCGAUUGUACUCUCCAUGUUGGCGUUGGAUGUUAAAAAGAGACCAACAGCAUCAAAAGUCAUUCAAAUGGUUGACAAUGCUCAAAUCGGCAAGAGUAUGACUUUGUAG